AACAUAAUUUUAUUUAGUAGAAGCUACAUGUUAGACUAAGGAUUAAGUGACAGAACACCCAGUUUUUUUGAGUGUAGCUGUCUAUAACAUUGUUUUGUCUCACUUUCAUAGGUCGGGCGGUGAAAUGGCACUUCUCCUGAGCAUCCUCUGCACCUUGUGCCUGGUUGGGCAGGUUCUUGGCCAGGACAUGCCUUACGAGGACUUCCUGGCCCAGGUCCAAGCCUGUCCUAAAGAGUGUCGAUGCCCUCCCAACUUCCCUCGUGCUGUCUACUGUGACAAUAAAGGCCUAAAGAGCAUCCCCAACAUCCCGAAACACACCUGGUAUCUCUACCUUCAGAACAAUCUAAUCGAAGUCCUCUCAGCAGAUGCCCUUCGUAACGCCACACAGCUGCGCUGGCUGAACCUAAACCGCAACAAAAUCACUAGUGAGGGAGUGGAAGAAGGCGUCCUGGGUAAAAUGUCCCACCUGGCGCACCUCUACAUGGACGACAACCUUUUGUCUUCUGUUCCAUCCCCUCUACCGGCCAGCCUGGAGCAUCUGCGUCUCUCCCGUAAUCGCAUCUCAAAGAUCCCUGCUGGAGUCUUCGUCGGACUGGACAAGCUCAACCUCUUGGACCUGCAGGCCAACAAGCUGAUGGAUGACGCCGUGACUGAAGUGAGCCUGAAGGGUCUAAACAACUUGGUGCAGAUCAAUCUGGCCAAAAACCAGCUGAGCAGCAUGCCUCUUGGCUUACCACCCACCACGACACAGCUUUUCCUUGAUGGCAACAACAUUGAGAAGAUCCCAGCUGGCUACUUCAAAGGUUUGCCAAAAGUGGCAUUUCUGAGGCUCAACCACAACAAGCUUGGCAGCAGUGGAGUUCCCAAGGAUGUGUUUAAUGUCUCCAGCAUUUUGGACUUGCAGCUGUCUCACAACCAGUUGACUGAGGUUCCCCUCAUUCCCUCGGGACUUGAACACCUUCACCUGGACCACAACAAUAUCAAAAGUGUAAAUGGCGCCAACGUCUGCCCUGUCGCCGUGGAAACUGUGGACGACUCGGUCAACGACAGCGUUCCUCGGCUGCGCUACCUCAGAUUGGACGGCAAUGACAUUAAGCCUCCAAUCCCCAGAGAUGUGAUUCUGUGCUUCCGUCUCCUCAGAUCCAUCGUCAUCUAAAAAAAAACUAACAACUGCAUGUUGUAGGCCAACUCUAAUUUCCCACAAGUGAUGAUGAUCUGUGAAUCUAUGCAACAAAAAAGGUGGCAUGAGUAAUAUUUGCAUGUUUGUGAAGCUCAAAUGUUUGACACUAGUUGGCAUCAACUUGUUUUAUUGCUAUGAGUUCCCUUCAAAUACAGAAAAUGUUGAUUUUUUUCAAAAAAAUGGGCAAGAAGUGACAUGUUAGAGGCUUUAUUCUUUAUUGAUGCUGCAAUCUGUUGACCACUAGUUGUGCCUUAUGUUCAAUUCAAAUAUGUGCAAAUGUGAUAUUAAUUUAGCAUGAUUGAGAUUUAGAUUGAUAGGAGAACAAAGAAGUUUAUAAUUGUCAUUUACUUCUUUGAGAAGGAGGCAAAAUUUAUGAAUGUGUAGGCAGAACAUUACUUCAUUUUUUUCUAUUAUUUCAGGAAAACUUUUGUUUUAUAUUUGUAGACUUGAAGCCAAAUGAAUGGUCUUGUGUUUUAGCUUCUUUUUUUUGUUGUCUUACUUACUUCAAAAACAUUCUUUAUUCUACAAAUAUGCAUAUUUACUGUAGGUAAAUUAUUUUUAUUUAAUAUUGUAGGAAAAAAAAGUAGACACCUGUGAAUAUUCAUGGCCAAUAUUCCUUAAUGUUUUGUAUACAAAAGAAACAUGUUUUUAAAAGAUAAUGCCAACACACUUUUUAAUUCUGGUGGUUAUUUUUCUGAUUAAACUGAGCAAGAGAUUCAUUUUAAUUGUCUUUAAU